AUGUAAGUUAAUUAAAAGUUUAUAGAUAAUGAUCUUUUGAAUGAAUCCAGAAAAAAUGGGUAUUCUGAUAGUGCAAUUUACAGUGCAUGGAAUGCUUCAUAAGGAAAUAUUACUCUUUUUUACGAAUAUUUAUACCCAACAAAAAAUCAAUCAAUUAUUAUAAAUUCGAUUCAUUAAUAAUAUAAUGAUGAUAUUUAAAAGGCAAUGGUUGCAUCAUUAACAAUGCAUUAAUAAUAUGUUCCAUUUGGUAAAUACAGAGAUGAUAGAGUUCCAUGUGGAUUGUUAAAUGUAGGAAAUACAUGUUAUUUUAAUUCUCUUAUGCAGACUUAUUAUUUUAUCUAUGAUUUUGUAUCACCAGUACUUAAGUGCUAAUUCGAUAAUAUUAAUAUUAAUAAUAUUGUUGAUAAAAGAGUAGCAAAUACUGUAGAGCUUGUAAGACAUUUAUAGAAUUUAUUUGUUCUAAUGGUAGGGAGUGAUAGAUAAUUUGUUGAUCCAAAAUAAGUUAUUCUUUCUAUUUGUGAUGAUUUUGGUAAAGCUUUACCUAUUGGAGAUUAAAAAGAUGUUAGUGAAUUUAAUCAUUAUUUUUUAUCAAGAGUAGAUGAAGGCAUUACAUAUUUAAUUAAAUCACAAUAAAAAACUAAUAAUGCUUAAAGUCAGUAAUUAGAUAAACUACAUUAACCAGGAUAAUCUAUGAUCUAACUUCCAACUAUUUAUUAAUAGAAUUAAAGUUUUAUUUCAUAAAAAUCAUAAUUAAUGAGAUAAUCAUCCAUUAUUCAAGAAAAUUCUAUUUUUUAUAAAUUGUUUUAUGGUAAAUUCAUUCCUUAAAUACUUGUUAAAGGUCAACCUAAUAAAGAUUGUUAAGAAGAAAUAUUUAAUAUUAUAUAAAUUGAUGUUAAUCACAAAUAAUUACCUGAAGCCUUAGAUAAAUAUAUGAAUUAAUCAGUUGAGUAUAGAAAUGAUAAAGAUGAAUAUUAAUAAGCAAUUAAAUAGUUUUGGAUAUAAUCACCACCAUAAAUUCUUACUUUUUAGAUAUAAAGAGUUGAAUUUAACAAAGAAUUUAGUAAUUAUUUUAUUUACUUUUUAGAUUCUUUAGCCAAAAUCAAUUCCCCAUUUUUAUUUGAAAUGGAAUUAUAUUUAGAUCGUUAUCUACUAUCUAACCAAAAAUUAGCUAGAGAUAUUUAAACUUAGAAUUAAUAAAUGAGAGACAAAUUAAAUAAAAUUGAUAAAGAAUUAGAAUAAUUCAAUUAAUUUAAUGAUAAUAUUGCAAUUAUUUAAAAUCUAGAAAAUACUUUAAAAUUCUUGAAAUUAUAAACUUCAACUGAAAAAAAUAAUCCCUUUUAUGUUGAUUCCAAUGAUAAUAAAGUAGCUAUUAAAUCGAUUACAGAUUAUUUAAAUCAUUUUAUUAAAAAAAGAGAAUUAUUAUUAAAAGAUAAAAAAGAUACUGAAUUAAAAAUAUCACAUAGUUAUAAUUAAUUAAAAAAACAAAAAUAUGUUUUAUAAUCUAUUUUAAUGCAUGAAGGUAGUCCUGAUGCUGGUCAUUAUUUUGCAUAUAUUUAUAAUUUUGAUAAUAAAAAAUGGUAUUAUUUUAAUGAUAUACAUGUUCAUGAAGAAAUAGAAUAAAAUGUAUUAAAAUUUGCAUAUGGAGAUCACAUAAAUUCAAAAAGCGCUUAUUUAAUAUAAUAUAUUUAAGAAGAUAAGGUAAAAUAAGGUUAAAAAAUUCUAAGGUCAUUUAGUAAUUCUGAAAAUUCAGAUUAUUUGAAAGAUUAAUAUGGAUUAUUACUUUCAUAAAAAUAAAGAGAUUUAUUGUAUUAAGAAAAUACAAAGUUAAAAUAAGAAUAUUAAUAAUAAUUAUUAAAUAGUUAAAUAGAAACAAUUAUUUAAACAUACUAUAAAUAUUUUGAUAUUGCAAAUGAAAAAUAAAAACAACAUUAAUUGAAAACAUAUCUGUCUAUUCCAAUAAAUCUGUCUAUUCAAAUAAAACCACCUUACUUAGAAAAUUAUGCAAUGUUUUUAAAAAUUAAAAAUGAUGAUAGAAUGUUCAGAUGGGCAAUAUUAGAUGAUGCAGUAAAAAAAAUUAUGCCUUAAUUUAAUGGAUUUUUUGGAUAACCAGAAAUGAAUGAAGCAGUUAAAACCUAGAUUUUAGAUGAAGUAAACAAAAUAGGAUUAAAUAAAUAAUAUUUUCCUUCAAAUCAUGAUCGUUAAACAACGAUAGAAGAAUAUAAAAGUAAUAUCAAAUUAUAAUAUAUGCUUACAUAUAUUUUAGAAUCAUACUUUAAUAAUAAAUUAAUUGACACAUUAAAAGUUUUACAUAAAUUUAUGAAAUAAGCAAAAUUGACCAACUAAUCAUCUUUUUUUUAUACUAUUGCAAUACAAUUAAAGCAAUAAAUGUAAUUAGGAAUUAUUUGCAAGAUUUUAUAAAAUAAAAUUAUGAAUGAUUAAGAAAUAUAAAUUCUUAAGCUAUUAAUUGCAUUUUCAAUGUAAGAACAUUUUCAAUAUACUGAACCAAAAUUAUGGAGUAAGUAAUUGCAGAAUUUGAUUGGUACUGCAAUUUAAAUUUAUACAUAAAAUGAAAAGUUGAGUUAAGAAGUAUUGAAACCAUAUAUUUUAGAAAAGAAAGACAUGGAUUAAUGUCAAAUAUUGGAUAUCUGUCCUCAAGUAAAAAUUUAUAUUAUAAUAGGAUUUCGAUUAAUAAAUUGAAAGCAUGUAAAAAUUAUAUUUAGAAAAACAAUUUGAAAACAAUCUUGGAGAUUUUUUACUUGAAAAUUUAAUUUUAAAUUAUUAGAAACUCUUAUAAAUAAAAGUAAAUUAUUUUUUAAUAAUAAUUAGAGUAUUAAAUAACUAUUAGAUAACAUUAUGAAUUCGCUUUCAAUAUUAGAUAAAAAAGAGAUUCUAAAGAUAAUGGAGGAAAACCCUCAAAUUAAAUGA